AUGGUGUCGGAGCUGUUCCAGAAGCUUCAGGACAAUUACAUCCAGCAGAGGGAGCUGGGAUGGAGGGGGAAAGGCCUCCGCCAGCAGCCUUCCACUGCUGCAUCACACUUCCUCCAGUCUCUGACUGAACUCACCACCCGUCUGGAGAGAUGCAAAACCACCUUCAUCCGUUGUCUGAAGCCCAACUAUGUCAAGCUCCCUGGGAUCUUUGACGUGGACUAUGUAUCGGCCCAGCUGAGGCAUGCAGGGAUGCUGGAGACCAUCCACAUCCGGAAAGUGGGUUUCCCCGUACGGAUUCAGUACUCCUACUUCAUUGAGAGGUAUGGGGUUCUGCUGACCCAGCGGUUGAGCGAGGCAUCAGACAGAGAGCUAACGGUGGCUGUCCUGAACAUGGUUGGUGCAGAGGAGGGACAGUACCAGCUGGGACUCACCAAGGUGUUCCUCAAAGAGCUUCUGUACCAGCUGCUGGAGGAGAAGUGGACCAGCACUCAGACUUGGGCCGCCAUCACCAUUCAGAGGAACAUCAGGGGCUUCCUCUGCAGGAGGAACUUCAAGUUCUUCAAACAGAAAGCCAUCGUCAUUCAGAGCCACAUCCGAGGACACCAGGCCAGGAAAUACUACAAGCGUCUGAAGCAGUCCUUCACUCAGUUCUGGGCAGUGAUGAUGAUAACCAGGAACACCAUCAAGAGACGCCACUGGAGGAAGGAAUUUCACGAGAAGAGCAACGUAAAAGCAGUGAGAAGCGCAAAGCCUGUCUCCUCAGGGAUGGAUGUGGGGCUGUUGGAGAUCCCUGCUGAGCUGUCCGCCAGACUUCGCAGUGGAGCAGGACAACAGCAUGCAUCAGGGAUCAUAGAGGUUGCACCUCCCGAAGUGAAGGCAGAACACAAGCUCUCUCUGCCUCUGGAUGUAGACAGAUACCCAUUCUCUCGCUAUGCCAACUCCAUGUCAAGGGAUACAUGGCACCAGCCUACAGGAUACCCCCUCCAGAAACCUCUCACCACUCUGGAGCCUGAAGAUGCCAGAACUGCCUUGGAGAUUAACAAACUGAUCUUACGGUUUAUAGGUGAGUCAGAUCUCAGCGGCUGGCAGGAACAAAUGUUGGGUAACUACAUAGCAGAGAAGGGCCAGAGCCGACCAGCCUUGAGGGAUGAGAUCCUGGUCCAGUUGGCUCACCAGACGUGGGGCCUGCAGGAGCAGGACAGCCUGAGGGGCUGGCUGCUGCUUGCCUGCUGUCUCAGUGCCUUCACACCCUCACCGACACUGGACAAACCCCUGCUAAAGUAUGUGUCUGACCAUGGUCCAGGAGCGUAUCGUUCACUGUGCCAACACAAAAUGUUAACAUCUCUGGAGCUCCCAGCUCCCACUGCCCGUAUCUACCCACCCACCCUGCUGGAGUGGACCUCCAACCAGAGGAAGGGAACCAUGCUGCUGGACGUAAACACCUUCAAUGAUGAGAAACUGACAACUCAAGUGGAGUCCUGGACCACAGGAGAGCAGCUGGCCUCAUGGCUUCUUCAUUUCAGGUAUUCACCUAGCUCUAAACAUACAGCCUAUUUACUUCCCUAUAAGUGUUCUGCAUGUACAUCCUUCAUGAUUUUCCUCCUCUGUGUAUUAUUGGUGUCCCAUAGAGGUGUGUCAGAGACAGUGCAGGGCUGGUCGGUAUCUCUUGUGACUGAUGAGGGCUGGUCAGACUUAGCUGGAUCUGACUUCGUCAUGGAUCUGUUGGCUGGAGCUGAAACUGAAGUGCUGCCACCCCCAGGGACUCCCUCCUCUACAAACUCUGACUACCUGUUCAGCGGCCUGGGAGACAGGAUGCCGGUUACAGAUCUAGAUGACUUCAUCCCACCAGCACCUCCCAUGCAAGCUCCUGGACUGCCUCCUUUUGAAGGAAACCCCUGGGGAAGAGGUUAUCCACAGGAGGGGCGUGGUCGACAGAUGGAUGCCUAUGUUGAUGACUUAUUUGACCCUGUACUGGACCACGGACCUCCGGACAUGGAAAGAGUAGCCAUGCUGAAUCGCAGGAUGAGAGGAGGAGGGGGGAUUGGACCCAUGUAUGGAUCUGGUAUGCCCAUGACAAUGCCAGUCUAUCCUAUGGGAGCAGUCAACCCAGUAAUGCCCAACUAUGGUGCAGCGCCCAUGAUGCCAGCCAUGCAAGCCAUGCCAACCAUGCCAACCAUGCCAGCCAUGAUGAUGCCUCAGGCUCCUGUUGCUGCUCCACCUCUCCCCGACCCUACACAGGUGGCAGCAGCACAGCAGGCUCUCAUCAACCAGCAAGCCACUCUCAUGGCCCAGCAGAUGACCCUGCAGGCGAUGACGCUGUCUCAGCAGCAGACACUGGAGCAGCAGAGAAAGAAUCAAGUUGAGAGGCAGCCGAAGCGUCAGUCAGUACGGUACUCCAAGGAACGCUCACGCUCAUCCUCCCCUCCAUCUCCCUCACCCCCACGUGCCCAGCCUAAAGCACCUGCACCUAAACGCAGCCCGAGCUACAGGCAGCCGAAGCCAGAGCCAGUAAGAGAAGUGGAUUCAGAAGAUCAACAUGACCCGCAGUCAUUCAGCGAAAAGAUGGACUACUUCCAGAACAUCGGCUUUAAGGACCAACGUAAAUCCAAAACUCCAAAGCCACGACCAGUAUCCACCAGCCCACCCAAGCAGCAGCGCGCCCCACCUCAUCCAUCUCCCCCACCGGUAGCAACGAAGCCUAAGGUGAAGCGUUUCACAACUCCUCCUGCACAACAAGUGAAUCCUCCAAAUGAAAGACGUACCCCAUCUCCUCUCGCGAAGCCUCUGUAUGAACCCACCUCCAACAUUCGGGAUAUCAUCAAACAGUACAACAGCCGACCCCAACCGGAACCUAAAACCUUCGAGCCUGUCAGACCUACAAUAAGAACCUUUGUAAAGAAGACAGAUCCCAAAGAGGAAGCUCUGGCCAAACUCAAAAACAAAUCACCAGUGCCACAACAGAAGAAGCAGUGGGUGCCUCCACCCCCUCUCAAAAUCAAGACAGAGCAGCGUCCUCCGAGGACUCGCUCCCCCCCACGUUCUCCUCCAUCCACCAGGGGACGCCGAGUUAUUUCCAACAACAUGAGGCAGAAACAGCGCUCCCUGGAGGACCUGUUUAGCUCACAGCGCUCAAGGAACUCCUCCCCUUCUCCCCCUCCCUCCCCACCACCUCCUCUACACCCAGCACCUGUCCUUCAGAACAUCCCUGAGCCACCACCCAUGGCUGCCCCGUCUCUCAAUAUGAUGCCAGAUGAGGAAGAUGUUCGGUCAAAGCUUCACCGCUUCUCUGCUGGGGUUUACUUCUCUUACUCCAACAUGCCAGGAAAACUGUUCCUGCGAAAAGAAGUGUUCUACCCCAGAGAGAUGUUCAACCGGCCAUACAUCCUCAAUCUGUUGUGUGAACAGAUCAUGAGGGACACCUACUCUGACAGUUGUGUAAGGCUCAGCAGGGAGGAGAGGAGAAAGAUGAAGGAUCUGCUUGCAACUUUUAAUGUUGGAACAACUAUAAGCACCAUCCAGGAUGACACCAUGAAGAAGAGGAUUGUCAUUGCCGCUCGAGACAACUGGGAAAACUAUUUUACUCGACUGUUUCCUAUAAAGCCGGACAGUUGGGACGCUCAGGUUUUAGGUGUGUCUCACCGUGGCAUUCGUUUCCUGAAGGUGGUGAAAGCAUCAGGCAUCAACCCGAAACAUCUCCGUGUGCUUAAGAGCUACAGUUUUGCAGAUGUGCUGUCAGUUGAUCUCCAAGGUACCGACAGAGUGGAACUGGAGCUGAAGAGUGAAAGCGUGGUUCUGCAGUCGUUCAGAGCUCCUCAGAUCACUGCCAUGAUCAGAUUAUUCCUCAAGGAACUCACCAAGGACUCAGGCCAUGUAGUAGCCCUGAAGAGCUUUGUCACAGAUGACAAGAGUCUGCUUAACCUCAGCAAAGGUGACAUCAUCAAACUCCUGCCAAUGGAAGGACUUCAGAGCGGCUGGUGUUUUGGCACCAUGGGAGGGCGCUCUGGUCUUUUCCCAGAGAACCUUACUCAGCCAUCAGCAGCUCCAGACUACCACUAUCUACAUCUAGACCGAAGAGAUGACUUGAGGAAAAGCAUGAGGAGCACAAGACCUGUCAGCCCACCUAAGGUCCAGUCUCCAAGUCCCAUGAGCAGACGCAUGGGGAGCACUGAUUCAGAGCAGCUCAGCAGAGAGGCCUCGGUCCCCGGCUCGCCAAAGGAACUCCAGAGAUCAGUACAGAGCUCAAUGCAGGGCUCUGUCCAUGAGUUACAGAUCCUCACUGCCAUGGCUGACUUUGCCUCGAAGUACUUUAGAGUGGGGACUACAGGUCUGCCAGCAAGUGGGAGGAAUUUUUCAGAGGCAGUUCAGCACACAGAGAUUCCCAUUGAGGAGUCCCUCAUUCACUACGAAGAUGAUGAACUCAAAGCUGGAUCUGUCCAGUGCUUCACAGACUUGCUGCAGUUCAUGGAUGACAUGCCACUGAGGAAGAAUUACACCAAAUUAGACUGCCUGGGAAAUUUCCUGCUGCGAGGCAGGGAAAAUGAGAUGCUGAGAGAUGAAAUCUACUGCCAGGUCAUCAAGCAAACCACCAACAACCCAACAAAAGCCAGCUGUACGCUCGGCUGGCGACUGCUCAGCCUGACAACUGGCUUCUUCCCUUGCUCCAGUACUCUGCAACCCUACGUCACACGCCACCUACAGGACAUCUCUGAGGAUUAUGAACACCCAUACCAAGAGCUGGCGGGUUUGUGUCAGGAUAACCUCCAGCGCUCUCUCACCUUUGGUGGUCGCCGCAGCACCCCCUCACAUGUCGAGAUGGAAGCUUUUCUGGCUGGCAAAACCUCUCAACUCAUUCCUAUUCAGCUGCCAGGGGGAGUGGACUUCCCCAUCAAGAUCCGCAACUUCACUAUGGUAGCAGAGGGGGUAACAGACCUAUGUAAAGAAAUGGGAAUCUCACAUAUCAACGAAAUCAAAGAGUUCUCCAUCCUUGCUACCAGACAUAAAGAUGGAAUAGUGCGUCCUCUCCAUUCUAGCGAGUACCUGUUCGACUUCCUGUUGGAUGAUGGCUCUAUCUCCUUCUCGCUGAGGAGAAUGAUCUGGAAAAGCCCUCUGUCCUUCAGCAAUGACCUCUAUGUGGAUUUCCACUAUCAGCAGCUCCUUGCUGACUACCUGAGUGGGCACCUGAUGCUUCCUCCUACUGCAGGAGGGUCCCCAGCAGUCCAGCUGAUAGCAGAGCUGUCAGCCCUGCAGCAUCUGGCUCUGGGUCUGCAAGAUCAGCCUACACUGUCGAUGAUAAAGGAGUACCUGCCACCACAGGAUGGGCUCAGCAGUAAAGUGGAGGAGAUUAGCUCCUUCUGCCAAGGUCAGAUAGUUGCCAUGGAGUCCUUCAGCCCUCAGGACGCCAAGAUACGAUUCGUUGAGUUUCUGAGCAACCUGCCUCUGUUUGGCUCGAACAUUGUCCUGGCCCAAAAGGUGAGUCGGAGUGGUUGUCCCUCGCCAUGCAUGGUGAGCAUCAGCCAGCAGGAGGUGCUGUUCCUUCACCCUAAAACACAGGAGCGAGUCUUUCAGAUUUCUCUGGCUGAUGUUCAGUCCAUGCGUACCAUCCGCCCCAAGAAACAAGGCAAAGUGCCAGCCAUGGAAAUCCACUACGGCAAUUCAGCUAAACCCCAAAAAGUCAUAGUUCAUCUCAAACAGGCGAAACAGUUGUGCCACAUCCUCGCUCUAAUGAUGGAGAGCUGAUCCCACUGUCACCAGUUCUGUUUCUGACUACAAAUCAUCACAAACAGUAAAGACAGGUUUUGCUAAUGACUGGCUUCUAUGACUGACUUGUUUUUCUCUUUCUUUGUUCAUUUAUCUUUACUUUCUGUGUAACUCAUUGAAUCAUGAAUUAUUGAUCAAACUGACUGAAUAGAAAAGUAGACAUGAUGCAGAUGUUCUCUCCGGUGCUUUCUGAAAAGAAAUGAUGCAGAGCAGACCCAUGUACCACUUAAAGAUCAUAUCAUAAUGCAGGAGGAUGUAGGCUAAUUCACCUGUCACCGUACAAGUAAAUCAAAGUCUUAAUCAAAGCCUUGAAUUUGAUCCUUUUUGUGUAUUAAAAUUCUAUUUUUGAGAUGUAAAGAAGGUUAAUCACCAUUCGAAUUGAGUGCAUACUAAUGUUUAAUGUAAGCAAACAAUUUCUAAGCAUUAAAGAAAUGUUGAUUUAUCUCA